UAAGAAGCAAUGCAGCAACACUGAGUGCUCAGCGCUGCAGCAGUACUAUCCACUGCCUCCGUAUCGCAGCUGCUCUGCAGAAUGCAUCAGGAAAAAAAUGUUACCUAUACUUUCUGCUCUACGGGAUGUGAGUUAAGAUAAGUGAUCAGGAUGGUAGCAGCAGCACAGAUCGAUGCGGACAGACCGAAGCGAUGGAGGAGACAACGCCAGACCCUGCUUUUGUGGAUGUGGACCAGGGUCUGACUCUGGCAUGCAUCGCCUUCCUCUGUCUGCUGCUGAUCGCAAUGAUCAUCCGCUGUGCCAAAGUCAUCAUGGACCCCUACAGCGCCAUACCCACCUCGACCUGGGAGGAGCAGCACCUGGACGAUUAGCAGAUCCGAUUGUGCGUAAAUAGACCAACUCGCAUGCUGGAAGACGUGUACAUUUGGACAUUUUCCCCAUCACCUCUGCUAAUAAACAUGCACCUACAAGAGAUUUAUGCAGUACAAACUGUAAAAUAGAUACAUAGAUAAUAAUAGAUAAUAGAGUUUUUCUUUAGCAUGUUGCUAAGCUAACAGUCUGAUUGUAUAAUACAUAAAAAUACAAAGCACACAUAAAUAUUGGGUAAAAUUGUGCAUUAAGCUUGUCACAAUGCUUUAUAAGUUUGGCUUCUCCGUGAAGGACACAUGCGAUGCCUCUUCGAAGGCAGCAUAUACUUUUUGAAACAGACUUCGUGGGAGUGCACCGAUAAUACCUUAAAAUUCUGCCUAUGCAGGUAACUCACUAGAUUUUGAAACAGAGUCACACACAUGUAAAAUGUGAAGGCUUCCCUUGCUUUGAAGAUAUUUUACUGCAUUCAGCUUUAGUUUAUUUUUUGCUAACUAGCUUACAUCACACAAGAAGGCAUGAAGGCUUACACGAGUUCUCUCCUGACACCUAUUGCCUCUUUUUUACUCAUUUCCUAGCAGUAUCUGUUCUGGACAGGAGUUGCCAUCAUCUGGACAUAAUAUGCCAUCACCUCAGUACAAAGCACAGCAAGUCAUGGUCACACUUUCCCUAAGAUCGAACCAGCCAAUAUCUGACACCUCCAACCCACACCGUCCUGACUCAUCAGUGUCGGAACACAAGAGGACCACAAUGAAUCCUGCCUGAAACUUUUAAUAAGAUACACAAAUGCAUUGUGAGCAAGUGUAUUUUUUAUAUUCAUUAUGGUUAAAACUGGAAGCAAUUCGUUAUUUGCGAAACAUACUGUAUGCAAGUAUGUGAGCGCAAAUGCUUCUCACUACACAAGCUUAAUUGCAUGACGUGUUGGGGUUCAGAAAUAUGUCAGACAUCCCUUUACAAGCCUCAUAAUUCCAGCAAUGAUUGAGUCUGCAUUUGAGUUAAAGGAAUAGUUCUCCUGAAAAUAAACAUUCUCAUUAUUUACUCAACCCCAUGCUGUUCAAAGUUGUAUGCUGUUGGUUUUUUCUUCUUCUUUGUAACACAUAAAGAGAAAUUAAGAAGAAAAUGCAAGAUGGAAAAUUACAUAUGAGAGCUGCAGCAGAGGGGGAGAUUUUCCAUGAAUAAUUACUUAAAUGUAUGUCUGUUGCAAAAACAAAACUAUCAUAUGACUGCUGAAGACUUGCAAUGUAGUGCACACAAGGCAUAUGGAUUGCUUUUAUGAUACUUUUAUAUUUGGUCCUUUUGGGCCUUGACAUUGUUCCUUGGAAAAAUAAUAGCAAAUGGUUUUGGAGUGGCAUGGGGUUAGAAAAUAAUGACAGAAUGUUCAUUUUUGGGUAAACUGUACCUUUAAGCAUCAGCAGCAUCAUUACUGUUGCAUUCAACUUCCUUUUAACUUUGACUUUAUAAGAGCAUCUGUUUCAUUUUUAUUUAUCAGCUCAUACAAUCUGUGUCUAUUGAAUCUAUUUGAUUCAGUUUUCUGUUGCCCUUGAUUAAAUGUAUUGUACAUAUUUGUAGCUAUAUUCUACACUGCAUGAUUUCAAGUGCCUCUGCUGAAAUAAUAAAUUAAGUCAUGAAUGAAUUUAUCCUUACCACAUGCCUUGAUGAAUGUGUAGUAGCACACAAUAAAGGACAAAUGAAU